AAUAUCAAGAAGUUGUUAGCUAUUGGAACGAUCUAGUAAAAUUAACAAGUCUUGAAAUAAUAAUUUGUUUUGUUUUAUUAAAAAAAAAUGCUUAACAUGGAUAAAGGAACAAUAUAUCAAUUGUUUGCUGCAAUUAUAGCAAACUUGAUGGCAAUAUCCGAUGGAAUGACAGUAGGAUGGACGUCUCCAAUGAUACCUUAUUUUCUCAGUGAAGAAAGCCACAUCAGGAUGACAAAACACGAAGCUGAAUGGCUAGAAACAUGGUUGCUAAUGGGUGCUGUAAUUGGUCUACCCUUCACAGCCUAUUUUGUUAACAAGAUUGGAAGGAAAAGAUCUCUAUUGCUAGCCUCAGCGUUACUUGUUGUAGCUUGGGUGAUAGUGAUGUUUGCCAGAGAUGUCACCGUCAUUUACGUAUCGAGAGUUAUAGCAGGAAUAGGAGGAGAUAUGGCCUUUGUAGCUGCACCUUGUUAUAUAGCUGAAAUUGCUGAUCAGAAAAUUCGAGGAUUUUUAUCAAGUAUUAUAUAUUUGAUGAUGUUAACUGGUGUAUUAACCAUUUAUAUUACUGGACCAUUCUUACCUUACUACGUUCCUCCGAUCAUUGGAACUUGUCUUUUGGUAGUAGAACUGGUUGUCUUUUCCAUGCUUCCAGAAACGCCGUACUAUUUGUUGUUUAGUGGCCAAGAAGAGGCAGCAAUAAGGUCUAUAAAGUUUUAUAGAUCUAGUGGUUCAGUAGAAAAGGAAUUGAUUGACAUCAGAACAGCUGUUGAAAGACAAAAGUCUGAGACCGAAAAGGGUGGACUCAAGGAUAUAUUAACAGUGAAAAGCUACCGAAAAUCUUUAUUAAUUAUGACAGUUUUGAAUGCAGCCCAGCAAUUUAGUAGCAUCAAUGUCAUCUUAAUGAACAUGCAUCAAAUUUUAGAAUCGGCAGGUUCGAUUUAUCUGGAACCGUCAUUAUCAGCCAUUGUUUUUGCCGCCAUUAUGUUUGUAGCUGCCGGUUUAGCAUCUGGAACAGUUGAUAAGUUUGGACGUAAGAAGCUACUUUACCUAUCAAGUAUUCUAACAGGAAUAUGCCUUCUUACCUUGGCUAUAUAUUUCCACAUCAAAAACGCUGGUUACGAAUAUAAACAUGUUAGUUGGGUGCCCUUGGUAGCUGUUAUGGUGUAUGCUUUGGUGUUUAAGUACGGUAUGGGGAUGGUUCCUAUAGUGAUAACUGCAGAAAUAUUCGCUUCCAAGAUAAAAGCAUUGGGUAUGGCUUUGGUGGAUGGUGUUUAUGUGUCUGCUGCUAUUAUUGCAAUUAAUUUGUACAACUAUCUGACAGAUAGCUAUGGUAUGCAUGUACCAUUCUAUUUGUUUUCCGCAUGUUCAUUUUUAACAUCGUUUUAUGUUAUCUUCUUUAUCCCAGAAACGAAGGGCAAAACUUUAGAUGAAAUUCAACUAAUGCUUGAAGGAAGACAUAAAUAAUAUAUUGUUUUAGAUCGUAGAACAUAAUCAUA